ACUGGAGAAAUUGAAUUAGAGAGAGAUGAGAGAGAGCCUGCCUGCCUUCCCUUGUAUACUCCACCAAAUGGUCUUUAGACAUAUGGACUGCCUGAUCUAGCUUUGAUCACUGGCACCGUUUGUUUACUCUUCCCGGAUUUCGGUACCGGUGUGGAGAGCUUGUUGGCUUGGGGAGAAAGGAAUGGGAUGCAGCUGACAGUACUGAGCAGGGCUGUGAGAUGUGGUGCUCGUUUCUUCACUCAGCUUGCAGAAUUACCUGAACUUCAUCAAAUUCUGAGGCAGACAUGCCAGGACUAUGCAGCAAAAGAACUUGCUCCAAUUGCUGCACACCUUGACAAAAAUCAUUCUUUUCCAACUAAGCAGGUUCAGGAACUUGGAACAAUGGGUGUGAUGGCCAUGGAGGUACCAGAGAGUCUUGGGGGAGCUGGAAUGGAUUAUUUGGCAUAUAGCCUGGCUGUUGAAGAGAUAAGCAGAGGCUGUGCAUCCACUGGGGUCAUAGUCAGUGUCAAUAAUUCAUUAUAUCUGGGCCCUAUUCUAAAGUUUGGCACAGAAGAGCAAAAGCAGCAGUGGAUAUCUCCUUUUACCACUGGGGAGAAAGUAGGCUGCUUUGCUUUGAGUGAACCAGGCAAUGGGAGUGAUGCAGGUGCAGCCUCCACGCAGGCACGUCAGGAGGGAAAUGAAUGGGUGCUGAAUGGCACCAAAGCUUGGAUCACCAACUGCUGGGAUGCGUCUGCUGCAGUUGUUUUUGCAACAACAGAUAAAAGUUUAAAACAUAAAGGAAUCAGUGCCUUCCUGGUACCUAUGCCUCAUCCAGGACUAUCUCUUGGAAAGAAAGAGGAUAAGCUUGGAAUCCGAGCAUCAUCCACAGCUAACCUGAUUCUGGAGGACUGCCGUAUUCCACUGAUAAACCUAUUGGGAGAGCGAGGGAUGGGUUUCAAGAUUGCCAUGCAAACCCUGGACAGUGGGCGCAUUGGAAUUGCAUCACAGGCUCUUGGAAUUGCACAAGCAGCCCUAGACUGUGCAGCUGAUUAUGCUCAGAAGAGGAUUGCCUUUGGAGCACCGAUUGCAAAGUUGCAAGCAAUACAGUUUAAGUUGGCAGACAUGUCUGUGGCUAUAGAAAGUGCACGUCUUCUCACCUGGAAAGCUGCAAUGUUACGAGAUGGAAAGAAACUUUACUCGAAGGAAGCUGCAAUGGCCAAACUGGCUGCAUCUGAAGCAGCAACCUUUGUUUCUCAUCAGGCCAUUCAGGUGUUAGGAGGAAUGGGUUAUGUUACAGACAUGCCUGCUGAGAGACACUACCGUGAUGCCCGCAUCACUGAAAUCUAUGAGGGGACCAGCGAAAUUCAGAGGCUUGUCAUUGCAAACCAGGUUUUGAAGGAAUACCAGCAAUAGAAAUCAAUGGCAUACAGCAAAUUCAUGUCAACACUGCAACUCGUCAGCAUUCUUAAAUGACUUUCAACUAAAAGCCUAGGAGUGCUUAUAUUGUCACAAAUACACUGUAAAUGGUUUGCCUAAGUUAUUUUUGGAUAUUUAAGGCUAAAUCUUCAACUUUCAGAAGAGCAGAGAAUAGACCCUGUAAACUAUACAUUUUUAAUCCCGCAAGAGGGCAGCAGAUUGACUGUGCUGCUUGCGUUUGCUGAUGCAGGAUCUGAUUUUACUGUUCACAAGUUUGUCAUUAGAAAGAGUCUCAUAAUGAAAGGUUUUCAUACAUACUUUGUUUAAAAAGUGUAUGGAUUUUGGUUGCACAUUAUCAAUACAUACAAAAGAUUACAUAAAUUAAACCAUUAGAGGAUUAAAUGCAAUUAAUUAAAUUAGAGUAUAUUGUAGUUUUUUUGUUGUAUUUUUCUAUUGGAUGCGUUCACAUUUGUGUGUUAUAAUGAUAUUGCAGUUUUCCCAUCACUUAAACUGCCAGGUGGAAGAAGAAUAAGAGAUGCUUAUGGACAUGAUUAGAACACUUUUUCAAUUUUGGUAUGAUUAAAAAACAUUACACCA